AGCAGUUGAAGCUGUUUGUUCCACCAGCACCUGAAGACGGCAUUGGGUUUGGACAGCACUGCACACAGACGCCCACAAAAUGCUAUGGAAAAAAGCGUUUUUCUGGGUCAUAUACGAAAAACAACACUUGCUCAGAGACUACAUUUAAUGCAGCCGAUUCAUUAUGGACGAAGAAGCUAGACUUCGAAGCAUAUGUCAUCUGUUCGAUCUGCCCUGGGAAGAUGUGCUUAUUCCACACAUACUUUGUUAUCUGCCACUGCAACAUCUGGUCAGUCUGCAGAGGGUGAGCAAGCAGUUCCACAGCCUCAUCCAGGUGUACCUGACAAACUGCAGGACUUUUGAUCUGUCUCAAAUUGAACUAUGUAUUCCUAAGGAAGCAUUUUGUUCGUUGUUGAAGAACUGCAGGGCUCUUCAGAGCCUGUCGCUUCAUAACUGCACAGACUGGGUGACAGACAAGGAUCUGCUGCCAAUUAUAGGCCAGAACCAGCAUCUGCAGAGGGUGGACAUGAGCGGGUGUGCUUGGCUCACCCGACAUUCUCUGGUGGCAGUGUCUCUGAGCUGCACGCAGCUUCAGCACCUCGGCCUGGCACACUGUGAGUGGGUGGACAGCCUGUCUUUGCGCAGCCUGGCAGACCACUGCGGGGGGCUGCUGUCCAUAGACCUCACCGCCUGCCGUCAGCUCAAGGAUGACGCCAUCUGCUACCUGGCCAGGAAGUGUGUGAAGUUGAGGUCUCUAUCUCUGGCAGUCAAUGCCAAUGUCACUGAUGAGUCUGUGGAAGAGGUGGCCAAAAACUGCAGGGGUCUGGAGCAGCUGGACUUGACAGGCUGCCUGAGGGUCAGGAAUCCGUCCAUAAGAACCAUUGCAGAGUACUGCACAAAGCUCCAGUCGCUAAAGGUGAAUCACUGCCACAAUGUGACAGAGACCAGCCUAGAUCGCCUACGCCAGCGCAAUGUAGUGAUAGACGUAGAACCACCUUCGCAGAGGGCUCUGGUACUUCUGCAGGAUGUCCUGGGCUUUGGCCCCUUCAUCAAUCUCCAGAUUUAACCACAGGUGCCUCUACCUCUCCAUCACAGGUAUGUAUCCCCUGGCAGUGUUUCCCCCACAUGUCUCGCACUCACACCCUGUGGUGUGUACCAUGCCUAAGAGUUUUUUUUACCCCCUACUGUCUGGAUUCUAUGGCUAGUAUAAAUGCAAAUAUUCACUUUGGCCCACUUCCCUCCUACACCGCGGUCGGUUCAAGGUGUGUUGCACCAAAACGCUAUUUGAUAAAACAAAUAAAAAAUAAUUAUAUUGUGACCAAUAAUCAAUUAACCUUAAGAAUGCCAUGUACUUUUAAUGUAUUCUGUCUUAUGUCCAUAUAUACAGUGGCAUCUUCUCUGCAUUCAGUAUCCAAAAAGGGUAUUGUUUUCACCUCUAAGUGUUUGUUUCUGUGUGCCUGCAUAAUAAAUUCUGCAUGGACGGAAUAUCACCAAAGCAAAAAAAACCCAAAAACACUCUCAUUCUCACAGUCUCUGAAACAGUAUGCAAAGAUGGCUUU